AUGAAUAAAAUCCUCAAAAGGUACUACGGAGGCAAUGAAUACAUUGAUCACAUUGAAUUAUUAGCCCAAAAAAGAUGCUUAGAAGCUUUUCAUCUAUCUCCUGAUUGUUGGGGUUGCAACGUUCAACCGUAUUCUGGAAGUCCAGCAAACUUAGCAGUUUUCACAGCCUUACUAGAACCACAUGGUAGAAUAAUGGGCCUUGACCUUCCUGAUGGAGGGCAUUUAACUCAUGGUUUUUUCACCCAAAACAAGAAAGUGUCUGCUUCAUCAAUUUUUUUUGAGUCCAUGCCGUAUAAAGUCAAUCCAAAGACAGGACUAAUUGAUUAUGAUAAGUUAUCGGAAAUGGCCAAAUUAUUCAAACCGAAAGUAAUUAUUGCUGGGGUUUCAUGCUAUAGUCGAUGUCUCAAUUAUAACAGAUUCAGAGAGAUAGCAGAUGAAAAUAAUGCUUAUCUUGUAAGUGAUAUGGCACAUAUUGCUGGCUUAGUAUCUGCUGGAGUAAUACCAAGCCCAUUUGAAUACAGUGAUGUAGUUACAACAACUACUCACAAAACGUUAAGAGGGCCUCGAGCAGGUGUUAUAUUCUAUCGAAAAGGUGUUAGAUGCUCUAGUAACAAUGGUGAGAAAGUUGUUUAUGAUCUUGAGAGUAAACUAAAUCAAGCAGUCUUUCCUGGACUUCAAGGUGGUCCUCACAAUCACGCUAUCGCUGGAAUAGCAGCUGCAAUGAAACAAGCUACUACAUCUACUUUUAUCAUGUAUCAAAAACAAGUGGUUUCUAAUGCAAAAAGAUUAUGCCAGAAAUUGCAAGAUUUUGGUUACAAAAUUAGUACAGACGGUACAGAUGUUCAUAUGUUGUUAGUUGACCUUAGAUGUAGUGGCCUUACAGGAUCAAAAGCUGAAAAAAUAUUGGAAGAUAUCUCGAUAGCCUGUAAUAAAAAUACAGUUCCUGGUGAUAAAAGUGCUUUUAAUCCUAGUGGAAUUAGAUUAGGUACCCCAGCUCUUACCACCCGUGGUUUAAAAGAAGAGCAUAUAGAUGUCGUUGCCUCAUUUAUUCAUGAAGGCUUACAAUUAGCGAAAGAAAUAAUAACGCUCUCUGGACCUAAACUUGUUGAUUUCAAGCAAACAAUGGAUACGAAUGCUGAUAUAAAGGAAAGAAUCACUAAGUUGAAAGGAAAAGUGCAAAUUUUCGCCAACCAAUUUCCCUUACCUGGAUGUAAUAACUACUAAAUUUGUCACCUUGCAUUGUGUCGCGCUUUGACAGCCUGUUUUAACUAUUUCAUUUUGUAUAUUUGUUAAUUUAAAUAACCUAUCAUUGUAAGUCUAGAAAAUUUUUUAUCUGUAUUUAAUAAUAAGAGGUCCUUAUAAUAAAUUAAGCUUAUUUAUAAAAGAGUAUCGUAAAAAGCUUUUUCCUUAGAUAUCGUGCAUUAGUGAACUAUAUGUAUAAUAUAUAUUAAAAUAAAUGUAUACUGAUACACGUAAAGGACGCCACUUUCGUUUAGGUACAGCUGCGCCAUUACUUUUGCGAUACUCUCUCAUUUUCAAAGUCUUAAUAGUAAUAUUUAAUUACCAUAACAAAAACGCUUUACCUUUUUUAAAUUACUUGAAAUCAAAUUGCAAGAGCUAUUUUGCCCUUACGGGUAUUAAAAAGUUUCUAUUGAUUUAAUAUUUUUA